GUUUUGGGCUUAUUUAGUACGUUCUAGCGCUGCGCUUUUGUGCUGUUUUUCGCACAUACAUAUUAAUAUAAAAUCUGAAAAAAUACGAAAAUUACUGAACGUUUUCCUGUCAGUCGAAAAAAAUCAACGCCUGCUGCUAGAACAGAACUCAGAAGUGCCAGUAAAAGUCAGACAGACGGCCAGUCGAUACCCGAAGCCAGUAUAAUGGUUACACCACAGUCGCCCACACCAAUGUUCAAUGGGCUGGACGAGGAUUUGUACACCGAUGCAAAGUUCGCCCAUGAAAUCAACGACAAGAUGCGUGUUCCCAAACGAAUUAAGGCCACUGGCGAGUACUCCGAUGAAGAUCUUCUACUGUCCAAUCAAAAUGGCAUAAUUAACUCAUGGAACUACCACGACAAAAUCGACAUGAAUGUGCCCGAUCGCAUUGUGGUGUUGGGCCACAAUCAGCAUCUGGAGACGCGUUCGGCGCCACGAGAAAUUCAACUAGAGAACUCAAUUCUCCCCAAGAACCCAUCUACGGGAUUCGUGCGUGUGCAGACACCGCCACGCGUCAUUACACUCACCGACCAUCACUUCCCCUCGGCAUCUGAAGAGAGCUCUCCCAUAAAACCAAAUGGUGAUCUGUACGGACACGAUUUAGACGCAGACGACGAUGACGAGGGUCGUGCUACACAAUAUGUACGGUCCAAUGGCACCGUGCGCAUGGGCUUUCAUGGCAACGAUGCCAACUCCGUUGAAUCGGACUCACAGUUAACAACUGGCAGUGCAAGCAAACGUUCCCAACAACAACAACUGCAGCAGCAGCAUUAUAAUAAUCUAGACACAUCGCUGAUCAGCCAGCGUGAUGGCACACCCAUGGGCGAGCUAACUCCACACGAGGAGAUCCUCUAUUUGCGCCGGCAACUGGCCAAGCUUAAUCGACGCGUCCUUAACAUUGAGAUCAACAAUGAGCAGCGCCUGCAGCGUGAAAAGAUUGUCUAUUGUCUUGGACUGGCCUAUUUUGUACUGAAGGCCAUUUUCUGGCUGAAUCGCAACUAAACGGGCGAGCGGGCUUCAUUUACAUGCUUGGAGCACCAUCUUAACGAUUCUCCGCAUUAUCUUGGCACACAAAUCGCGAGGCCACAUCAAUAAUAUCACAUUUUCGUUUUGUUCUGUAAUUGACUUUGGGGAGCGAGAGGCGCGAAAAGUCUCGUAUUUUGUUUGCCAUAUUUUAUUGUAAGCUCCGUAAUAAACUGAGCAGCCCUCGUUGUGUUGGUUCGUUUUGGAAACUAAAAAUCAAUUCAAAUCAUAAA